AUGGGCCCUAAAGUCUUCAUCAAUUGCUCUGGUUUUAUCAAAAUUGAUACAAGUAGUUUAGGAGACAGCACGGAAGCAUACAUUGAGGUCCUUGACGGGUCCCGAGUGCAUCCAGAGACUUACGAGUGGGCCCGAAAGAUGGCUGUCGAUGCGCUCGAGUACGAAGACGAAGAUGCGAAUCCUGCUGGUGCUCUCGAAGAAAUUCUUGAAGCUCCUGAAAGAUUGAAGGAUUUGGACCUAGACGCUUUUGCAGAAGAAUUGGAACGACAAGGCUUUGGCAAUAAGAGCAUUACUUUGUACGAUAUUCGAGAAGAAUUAAAUUCUAGGUAUAAAGACCUUAGAGUGGCAUAUCGUUCUGCUACACCUGAAGAGCUAUUCGAUAUUCUUACCAAAGAAUCCCCUGAAACACUGUAUGUAGGAAAGAUGGUUUUGGCUUCAGUUGUGGGUAUUAGUCAUAGGAAACCACAGAGAGAAAUGUUGGAUCAGGCUAACCCUGUUAGAAAUGAUGAGACUGGAUUGUGGGAAUGUCCUUUCUGUCAUAAAAACGACUUCCCCGAGUUGUCUGAGGUAUGGAAUCAUUUCGAUGCGGGUGCAUGUCCGGGUCAAGCGACGGGCGUCCGGAUCCGGCUUGACAAUGGAUUGUCCGGUUACAUUCACAUAAAGAACUUAUCUGAUAGACACGUGUCCGAUCCCACGGAGCGGGUGAGGAUCGGACAGACUGUACACUGUAGAAUAUUGAAAAUUGAUGUUGAAAGGUUCUCAGUUGAUUGCUCAUCCAAGUCAUCAGAUUUAUUGGACAAAAAUAAUGAGUGGAGACCAUCGAAAGAUCCAUACUAUGACCAAGAAAGCGAAGACAAGGACCUUCGUAAGGAGAAGGAGGCUAAACAGACUAAAGAACGAAUGCAGUAUGUGAAGCGAGUCAUAGUGCACCCCGCUUUCCACAACAUAUCCUUUGCAGAAGCCGAGAAGCUGAUGGAGAAGAUGGCCCAGGGCGAGGUUAUUGUGCGGCCGAGUAGCAAAGGUUCUGACCAUCUUACUGUAACAUGGAAAGUAGCAGAUAACAUUUAUCAACAUAUUGAUGUUCGAGAAGAAGGGAAAGAAAACGCGUUCUCAUUAGGACGCAGUUUAUGGAUUCAAGGUUCAGAAUUUGAAGACUUAGACGAAAUUAUAGCACGACAUGUCACGCCAAUGGCAGGGCUGGCUCGCGACCUCAUCUCCUACAAGUAUUAUAAACCUCUGCUCGGCAUGAGAGAUAAAGCCGAAGAAAUCCUUAAAGAAGAAAAAUCUCGUAACCCGAACAAGAUUCACUACGUCAUAUCUGCGUCAAAGAAUUAUCCAGGGAGAUUCCUACUGUCGUACCUUCCGCGCGCGCGGUGCACGCACGAGUACGUGUCUGUGACACCGGACGGCUACAAGUAUCGACAGAGGACGUUCGAUUCCCUACCGGGGUUGCUGCGUUGGUUCAAAGAGCACUUCCGGGAACCUCCCCCGAGCGGCACCCCCGCCCCGCGCACCCCCGCCGGCCGCACCCCGCACACGUCCGCGUACCACACCCCCGCCGCGCACACGCCGGCCUUCCACACCCCCGCUCACACGCCCGGGCCGGCGUACAUCAACACUCCGUACACGCCGUCGGCUCAGACCCCGUACAUGACCCCGUUCGCGGCGACCCCGCGCCAGCCCGAGUUCCUGCCGCCGCCGGCGCGCUCGCGUGCGCACGCGCACUCGGCGGCGCCGCCCGGCUACACGGAGCCCGCGGACUGGCAGAAGGCCGCCGAGGACUGGGUGCGGCGCGUGGCCUCGGCGCGCGAGCCCGCGGGCACCCCGCGCGCCUCGGCCACGCCGCGCACGAGCGGCGGCCGCACUCCGCGCGACUCCCGCGACGUCAGGUCCACGCCGCACGGCCACUCCUCGGGCCGCUCGUCGAGAGCGCAUUCGCUCCGGUCUACCCCUCAUACCAACACGUCGCCGAGGUCGAUGUCUCUCGGAGACGCCACGCCUUUGUAUGACGAAAAUUAA